AUGCCAGCGAUCCGGGUGCUGACGGCGCUGGACCAGGCGCGGACGCAGUACUACCACUUCAAGGCCAUCGUCAUCGCCGGCAUGGGCCUCUUCACCGACUCGUACGAUCUCUUCUGCAUCGCGCCCGUCAUGAAGCUCAUCGGCCGCGUCUACUACGAGCCCCCGGACGGCAGCGGCGGCCCCGGGGUGACGCCGCCCGCCGUGGUGUCCGCCACCGUCGGCGUCGCGCUGCUGGGCGCCGUGGCGGGGAACCUCGCCUUCGGCGCGCUGGGCGACCGCGCGGGCCGGCGCCGCGUCUACGGCGCGUCCCUCCUCCUCAUGGUCUGCUCCUCCGUCGGCAGCGGCUUCUCCGUGUGCCGCACGCGCGGGUGCGCGCUCGCCAGCCUCUGCCUCUUCCGCUUCCUCCUCGGCGUCGCCAUCGGCGGGGACUACCCGCUCUCCGCCACCAUCAUGUCCGAGUUCGCCAACCGCCGCACCAGGGGCGCCUUCAUCGCCGCCGUCUUCUCCAUGCAGGGGUUCGGGAUCCUCGCCAGCUCCGCGGCCACCAUGGCCGUCGCCGCCGCCUUCGACCGCUGCACGGGCCGGCGCGCCCCGCUCGACACGCCGGAGGCCGCCGACCUCGCCUGGCGCGUCAUACUCAUGAUCGGGGCCCUCCCCGCCGCGGUCACCUUCUACUGGAGGAUGGCCAUGCCCGAGACCGCCAGGUACACGGCGCUGGUGGAGCACAACGUGGUGAAGGCGACCAACGACAUCGGCCGCCUCCUCACCGAGCUCAACCUGGGCGCGGUCACCGAGGAGGAGGCCGCCGCCUUCCGCCGCGCCGCCCCCGCGCCGCCGCAGCUCGGGCGCGCUGCUUCACCGCCGGCGGCGGCGUCCUACGGCCUCUUCUCGCGGCGCUUCCUCCGGCGCCACGGGCGCGACCUGUUCGCGUGCGCGUCGGCGUGGUUCCUCCUGGACAUUCCCUACUACAGCAGCACGCUGUUCCAGUCGCAGAUCUACCACCCGUGGUUCCCGCCGGCGGGGCGCGUGAGCGCGUUCCAGGAGGCGUUCAACGUGGCCAAGUUCCAGGCCAUCAUCGCCGUGGCCUCCACCAUCCCGGGCUACUUCGCCGCCGUCCUGCUCAUCGACCGCGUCGGCCGGCGCGGGCUCCAGAUGGCCGGGUUCCUCCUCAUGGCCGUCUUCCUCUUCGCGCUCGCGGGGCCCUACGACCGGUACUGGCGCGGCCACGGCGCGGACGCCUGGUACAUCGUGCUCUACGCGCUCACCUUCUUCUCCGCCAACCUCGGGCCCAACACCACCACCUUCAUCCUGCCGGCGGAGCUCUUCCCCGCGCGGUUCCGGUCCACGUGCCACGGGAUCUCCGGCGCGGCGGGGAAGCUCGGCGCGCUCGUCGGCGCCAUCGGGUUCCUCUGGGCGUCGCAGGACCGGGACAGGAGGAAGGUGCUGGCGGGGUACGAGCCCGGCAUCGGCAUGAAGUACGCGCUCAUCAUCCUCGGCGGGAUCUGCCUGCUCGGGCUCGCCGUCACCUACGCGUUCACGCCGGAGACCAUGGGGCGGUCGCUGGAGGAGAACGAGAGCGAGAACGACGACAGCCGGAGCCACGCCACCGGCGAAGGCGAUGCCGGCCAGCAGGAACUUGUUAGUAGUGAGCUGCCAAAGAGCCCGACGUCCGUGGUCAGCUCGCACGUCAGCACGUCACCGAUCCAUCCACACCGGUUCUCUGUCUGAAGCCUGCUGCCAUAUAGUGCUCUACAUUUGUAUACACGAAUGCAAGUUUCAUUAGUUUAUUGGUAUAAAUAGGGGUGGUAAAAUAUUUUAAAAUUUGGUCUAGAUUAGAGCCGGAUCUAAAAGGAUCGAACUCUAAUCUUAUAAAUUUUAAACUAAAAUAAAAUAUAUAAGAAUUAAGUUGGAUCGUAAAGAGACCCCUAGAACCAUUAUCCGUUACCACCCCGUAUAAA